AUGAUGGCAACAUACUCUCCCCAUCGUGAGGAGCGAGAAACAGCCCACAUUCACUCACCAAAGACACUCGCGCACUUCGAUCCUCACUCCGCAAUACGAGAGAUACGCCGGUCGCUAUCUCGCUCUCCUUCCAAGAGCUCCGAUCUCCGUCAGUUUCCGUUCCGAUCACCGGGCCAUGGUAACAUCCCAUUCUCUUCCUCGCCACUGUCGCCGUCGCGGAAAACCACAUCCGAGAACACAUUGAUAUCCUCAUUCACCUCAACUCCGUAUACCCGAACCACACAAGGCUCACGGCUUCAGCGACCAAUACUACGGCGAACCACACAAACUCAUGGCGUUACCCGUGUUCGAACCUCUCCAAAGAGUCCUACUAAGCGUGCUCUAAAUGAUUCUAGCGAUAGCGGGAACUCCGCAUCUGUGCCGCUUCGAAAACGCAGCUCUGUUGAAACAGACCGCGAUCUGGCCCUCAAGGCUUUGACGGCAGAAGAGGGGAAGGAGAAUGAGCAUUCCCAGGACGAGCCUCCUCAAUGGAAAGCCCCCAUGACUCGCCAAGAGAAGAGACGCAGCGGUGGUGCCUUGAUUUCGACUGUCGCCCCUUUGAGUCCCAUGAAACGCUCAGAUGGCCUGAAGGCUGACGCUGCGAACGAUUUCGAAAGCCCCUCAGCGAAGAGACGAAGCCUGCACGGCCCAGGGUUAGAUUUCAGCAUCUUUGAAUCGGACAGCCUGGACGGCAGCAUGUUCAAUGACAAACGUGCACAAGAUGAUAAUGACUGGUUUGCUGCCAGCACCCCCAUAUCAGCUUCGCGGUUCUCUACCAUUCCUAAAAGAUCUUCGUCUCUUCGGAAAUCGACCCUUCAACAACGCCAGACUGAUCGAUCGAGCAAUCUCCGGUACAACAAUAUCAUGGAGGUGGAUAGAUCUUUCUUUGAGACCACACCAGCUUCCAAUGUGAAAAGAGGCUUGCGUGUGUCUCUUGACAAUCAACCGUUGCCACGAGAGAGUCCCUUCUCGAGUCAAGGAAGCCUCUUGAGUGCGUCCAUUCAUCCUGUUCAUGCCUCUCAAAGCAACUUCCCACCACAAUCGCGGCACCCGCUGUCACGUACAAUGACCCAAUCUUCUUCGCAAACAGACGAUCAAGACGAUUCACCAACACAUGAACCAAUCCAUAGAUCGACAAGACCUCGAUCCCAUGACUUUUCCAAAUCUCUACCCGUUGGCGCAUUGAGGCCUUCACCAGAGGGCAACGAAUUCUCCUCACAGGGGUCAUUCGCAACCCCUGGUAACUAUAAGGCUGCAAAGCCUCUCCCUGCGGCUUUCAUGUCAACAGGUCUCAUAUCGAAGAAGAACCGCAAUGUGGACGAUCCAGAUGCCGGCCUUCCGAAGGCACACAUGCCAGAUACUCCGUGCAAAAAACAAUCCGUCAUUUUCCCAUCUGACGAUAAGUUUGUUGCACCGAACCCUAUCGGUGACAGAGCAACUCGCCACUCAUUUGGCGCACCCUCUACGCCUCUCGAGAUGCAUGGAACCUCGAAGGUUUCGAGCUUCCCCUUUUCCAAAAGCACUGGUAUUUUUGGGCCCCGGCCUAACAAACCAGCAUUAAUCAGGGAAGGAAGUUUUGCGUCUAUUAACCCUGAGGAGAAAACGAAUACUCAAUCGUCUUUUACCCGGGCUACCAGUCAGUCAACUGAAUCAGACUACCCUCCCACACCUACAAAGCACUUCAUGGAAGUAGAAGACCGCGACUCGGUGUCGCCAUCACCCCGCCAUCCCAUCCAUUUGGCUUUACCAAAGUCAGCUGUGGCAUCCCGCGUCUCAAGCAGUAAGUUAUCUCCUAUUUCGGCAUCACCUCGCCACGUCGACGGGGACAGUGAUAGCGUGAUGGAGGACUCUCCUUCCGCCAGCCUGAGGCCAAAGUCGACGACAAAACCCAAUUCAAUACCAACUCCGUCCUUUACUGCAGGCCGUCUAUCGAGAAAUCUCGGAUUUCCUAGACCGCUCUCAAGAAAGGCUCUUUCUAUUCAAUCUUUCCAUUCACCUGCGUUGGAACGUACUAAAAUGACAUCCGUCUCUCCAGUUAGUCCAAGGAUCGAUAAGAGCGAUAGAGUGUCCCCCCAUACUCCACUCGACGGUUUUUUCCCUCCCGACCCUAGCCGCCUCACCAUUUCUGGCCGUGCCGAACGUGGCUUGGGACAGCGAGAUACUAACAACAGUGCCUUUAUUCCUGCAACCCCUACCGGACCGCGCGAACAUUUCCCAAACUUUUCCAAUCGACCGAGCCUCAAUCUAGCAGCUCCGGACACUUCGAACACUGACAGCAGCCUGGCGUCAAGGUUUGAGAAGGUUGACCUGAUUGGUUCUGGAGAGUUUUCUCAGGUGUACCGAGUGUCCCAUCCUCCAGAAUCAUCGCAGUACCACAAGAUAUAUUCUGUCUCAACCACGCGACCAUCCUCGAGAAGUUCUUUGCCAGAAAGAGUAUGGGCCGUCAAGAAGUCUCGGCAUCCGUACUCUGGUGCAAAGGACCGUCAGCGAAAAAUUCAGGAGGUGGAUGUUCUCAAAGCCCUAGGGCAUUCCGACCAUGUGGUUGCUUUUGUCGACAGUUGGGAAGAACAAGGUCAUCUUUACAUUCAGACUGAGUUCUGUGAAGAGGGAACGCUCGAUGUGUUUCUUGCCCAAGUUGGUCUCAAAGCUCGACUUGAUGACUUCCGCAUCUGGAAAAUUGUCCUGGAGUUGGCUCUUGGAUUGAAGCAUGUCCACGAUAGCGGAUUCAUCCAUCUCGAUGUCAAGCCGGCGAAUAUUCUCAUCACUUUCGAAGGCGUUCUCAAAUUGGGAGAUUUCGGCAUGGCAUCCAAGUGGCCUGCCAAAGCAGGUAUUGAAGGCGAAGGGGAUCGUGAAUACAUCGGACCAGAAGUUCUGAUGGGUCGUUAUGACAAGCCCGCCGACGUCUUCGCGCUGGGCCUUAUCAUGCUCGAGAUUGCCGGCAACGUCGAGCUUCCUGACAAUGGCGUGUCGUGGCAGAAGCUUCGAAAUGGGGACAUGAGCGACGUGCCCAGUUUGACAUGGAGCUCGGGAACCAGUGGAAUCUUGCGCGACGCAUCUGGCAAUCCGAUCAUCCAAGAUGAUUCCCCAGACGAUGCGGCACACGUCAAUGAUUGUGACGUCCACGUGGUUGAUGCCGAUGGACGAAGCGGUGUGGAAGGGCAGUAUCAUGGCAAGGCAUUUCACCAUCCACGCAGUGGCGAGCUUGUCGACCCACCUCAGUUCAUGGUUGACCCGUCACAUGAACAAGCUCUUGAGCGCAUUGUCCGAUGGAUGAUAUCUCCUGAUCCGAACGAUCGCCCACUAGCGGCCGACGUGCUCAAUACUGAAGGCGUUCGGUUUGUAGAGGCUCGACGACGUGCAGGAGCGACCAUCUUCGAAGGAAACUGGGGUCCAGCAGACGAGAUUCUGGCUGAAGAUGCUGAAAUGAUCGAUGUUUAA